GUCAAUGGCAACAUCAAAGCUAACUUACCAGAUUUUCUAAAAUCACUGGAAAGAAGACCCUGUUUAAAAAAAACUGAUCUUGGAGCAUUCCUGGUGGCUACGUUUCAGGGCCCCAUCAAAUGCCUUGGUUCAAACAUGGAUGAAAGAGCUGAAUAUUCAAGAGCUAGAAGAAAAAGAAUGGGUGACUUUGUGCGACGCAACUCAACACAGGUGCAAAUCUUUGUCAAGAGUGGAAAUAAAUUUUUGUCGACUGUUCGUUCAUUCAUUUCAUGGUCUGUGCAAAAGGGAAAGCUUACCCAAGAUAAAGGAAGAACCUAUUUCAAAGAGAUUCUGCAUGUGAUAUUAUUUUAUGGCCAAAUUAAUAAUCCUAUAAUUACACCAGAAGAAAUUUUGACAGAAAAAGAAAUUGAGCAAUUGUCUGGCAAGUAUCGAGAUGUCUUUCGGAAAUACGCAACCCACCUCCCAACACGUCCUCCUUACACGGUGCUACUUGAUGCGAUUGUUGAAAUCACAGAAACAAGGAAUGCUGAAAAAGUUUUGACAUGUCUGUUGAAUCUGACGAAUGAAAUGGAUGUUACUAAUGAUGAAGGCAGGAAAUGUGAGAAUAUUUUUGUAUCAACAGUCAUCAGCUGCUGCUAUCUUGAUGAUAGUUCUGCCAACACCAAUUAUUUUGGUGCUUCAGUGUCAUGCAGAGGACUGAAGCAGAGACAAAUUAUGAUAGAUAUAUUGUGUUGUCAUACAUGGCACAAAGACAUUGGCUGGGCAGUAUGUGUUGGCAAGACGUAUAAUAAAAAUGCUUUUGGCUUUCCUGCUGGCUUGUGCUCCAUGGCUUUUAAUAUAUACAGUUCUGCAAAAGCCACUAUACAAGAAGAGAUAAUUAAAUCUGCUUGGAAUAGACUUCAGCGUUCCCUGAUGACAAGGUCUUAUGAAAUUAGUAAAGCUCUUGAGCAAUAUGGAACCUUAGUUCCCAGGGAACCUUGUAUGAAAUGCUUCACCAUGUUCCCAGACAUUUAUUUUGAUCCACAUUCACAACAUCAUGGUCAGGGACAAUGGGAAUAUGGAAACUGUGCUGAGUGUGAAUCUCUAAGCCAGCUUCUGUACUCUAACCAACAAGUAGUCGAACAGCUGGACCGUAAGACAUUUCAAUUGACAUCUGAAAUGCUGCUUAAAGUAAAAUGUGAUCGACUUGAAUGCAAUCUCAGAGAAUUAGGGUUUAGGCUUUUAAAUGAAAUUUUAUAUUACUAUGAUUAGGAAUAAAGAGAUCUGCAAAGGAAAGACUCCUGCCACUCAGUAUGUAAUGUACCUGGUCAACUAAUAAUUCAACUGUUUACAUGCAGCUGUGGAGUCUUAGACUUUAUACUAUGAAUAUAAUUUAACAGACAAAAAAUUUCUGGCAGGCACAUUCCCGAUUCCCCAGUUUGUACUUCCUGUGAAUAAUUGUUUACACCGGGAGCGCACAUCAGGAAAAUUAUCCCUUUGCAAUACAUCAAACACAAUGUUUACAAUUUUGAACGUAGAAGCAACCACCUUCCUCCAUGCCACGAGGGUGGUGGAUCAUUCCCAAGAUGAGACUUCCACUCUCAUUAUUUGUGGCCCUUUUCAAGAUCAGCAUCAGGUUAUGUAUUCUACAUGGAGGGUAGGGGAGGGCAGGUAAAAACCUCCUGCCGUGCCAUGCUGAAGUAUAAGUUGACCAAAUGUGACAUCUGAGAAAAUUUGAGAAAGAAAUAAGCCUCAUUUGCAAAUAGGUUUGUUUCUGUAAUUAAAUGAAUGGUUUUACAAUCAAUUGUACUGCGGAAACUGCCUUUUCAGAUUGAAAUAACCACUGAAGCCAAUAGGAAUGCUAGAUGUUCAAGCACUCCUUGCUUUGCUGGGUUGAAAUGGUAGGAAAGAUGCCAUUUAGCCUAGUUCCUGCAUUUGCAUAGCCUCAUAUUAUGCCUGCCCCCAAAAGUAACACAUAUCCUGAACAGUGGCAAAUGAAGUGGGAGUUGGUAUUUCAGCUCCAUCCACCAGUUUCUAGGAUUCCAGGCUUCUUAUUCAUCAAAUGAAACUAAGAUGGUUGACAGUGGUAUAACAAUGAAACAUUUAAAAUAUGUGUUUGAAUAAUUCCCAAGGAAUUUGGGACAAAUAUGUACUGAAAUAUCUGUUGCCUUCCUGCUUGAAUUCCAGAUCUCUCUUUCUUAAUAGCAAAACACAACAGGAAACGUGUGCUUAUACAGGCUCACAUCUAGCAAAGCUUUGCAUAGUUUGUUUUCAAAGCUGCUUAAUUUGCAAGAAGCCUAUUUUUCAAGUACAGAUUCGCUGUCAGUAAUAGAUUGACAGUCAGCCUCAACUAACAGACAUUGGAUAUAUAUUUCAAGUGAGCUACCUAGAAGUAAGGUACAUGACUCAUCAUCUGUCUUAGGGACUGCUGAAACAUUGCGUAAGAUAAGGGACUACAAAGAGGAGUGUUGUUAAUAAGGAGGAAUUAGGGAAAUCCAACUAGAUACAAGCUAAGAACAACCAACUGUAGGUAGUCAUCAGAAAACAAUGUGCUUACGGACUGUGAAGUUACAGCUGAAGUUAACUGGGUUGUGUGGAACCUGAUAAUUCUUUAAUCUUCUCCCUGAACCUUCUUCCCUGAGUAUGUUCAAAACUGAGGUCAAUAGAUUUCUACAUAAUCUGUUGAGUUGGAGUACAACAAGGAAAAUGAUUAUUUGAGUCAUAGAUUGUUUGUAGAUAUUGGCUACACUGAAUGCGGUUAGAAAAAGAACAUAGAUUGGAUACAAACAAAGCUUUCCGAAUUCAAUACACUGUUGUAUCAUCAACCUCAAGGUAAAUAAAAGUUGUGCAAAGGAAA